AUGACCCGUCACUUUUUCGAGGGCAGGUCCGACUUGUUCGAGAAGUACUGGGACACGAUCAAGGAGCACGAGCUGAGGCACUUCUUCCGUAAGUACUUCGGAAAGACAGUGGAGAAGAAAGAUCGUCCGUACGCCUUCGUCGUCUACGGCGCGAGCGGGUACACAGGUUCGCUCAUCCUCGAAUACAUCUACUCGAACGCCGACAAGAUCAACCUCGGAACCGACUUGACGUUCGUGCUCGCCGGUCGGACCCCCGAGAAGCUGCAGGCGCGCCUCGACGAGGUCCUCGAGAAAUUCCCGGACGUGAAGUACAGACCCGACAUCUUCAAGGUGAACAUCGACAGCACCGCGCACAUUCGCGAGAUGAUCCUGAAGUGCCGUUGCGUCCUGAACGUCGCCGGUCCGUUCCUGAACACGAAGGCUGAUCUCCUGGUCGAGGGAUGCAUCGAGUACGAUUGCGACUACGUGGACGUUAACGGAGAGGUGCCGUUCACGCACAAGCUCAUCGGCAUGCACGACUGGGCGAAGAAGAAGAACGUCCUGAUCGUGCCAAACUCCGCGGGCGCGGGCGGCUUACCCGACGUCGCCGCGUUUUACACCUCCGAAGAGCUCAAGAAGAAGGCGAAGAAGGACGCGGACGUCGAAAAGAUGCACUGCUUCAUGUUCUCCAACGGCGGCGCGCCGUCGGGUGGAACGCUCGCGACGAGGGCCGCGAUGACGGCGUCGAUUAAACACGUCGCGAAGAUAAUGGGAAACCCGUUCGCCUUGGGUGGGGUCGUCGGCGACGGCAAAAGACCGGAAGAUCAGGACCGUGAACUGAACUCCGUGCGCUACUUCAAAGAGUUCGAAGGGUGGUCCGGCGCGUUCACGUACGCGUUCUUCGACACGAGGCUCGUGCGUCGUUCCAACUGGCUGCUGUCAGACCUCGGCGCGGAGCCGAUGGGUCGAAAGAUGAACUUCAGCGAGCACCUGCUGUUCCCUACCGAGCAAGCCGCGAAGUCCAUGGCGUCGUCCAACACGAGCUCGAAGAAAGAGGAGGAGAAGCUCAAGGCGGAGGGAAAGCUCUUCAAGCUCGGUCAAGGCCUCGACGAGGAAACCCGCUCCAAGCUGUUCACGGAGUAUCAUCUCCACGCGAACGCCGGGGACGGCACGACCAUCCGCACGAAGGUCAUCGCCGGGGACGGAUACGACGAGACCGCGCGACUGUCCGUCGAGAUGGUGCUCUUGCUCACGACGAAACGAGACUCGCUUCCGUUCGAAGGCGGCGUCUUGACCCCGUCCGUCGCGGGCGGUCGCCCGUUCUUGGACGCGAUUCGAUCCUCGGGCAUCGCCUUCGAGGUCCUGGACGACGACUACAAGGUCGACUUCGAGAAGGUCAAGGAGCGUCUGGUGUGA